CGUUUACUUUAACUACACCCGCACUUUUUUGCCACUCUGUGUGUGCGUGCGCGCGCGCGUGUGUGUGUGGGUGGGUGGGUUGUUUGGUUGGCGGCGGUGCGCGUGCAGGUCAGUGAUGUUUACGUUUUCAUAGCACGGGCGGCGGAUACACUGAGCGCGCGCGCGUGCAGCACCGCUACGGACACAGAGCGCCCUCACGCACGCACGCGCGCAUAUCACGAUCGGUCGACACCGUGAGGCGGCGCGUAACCGACACCGACACCGUGCCUGUUUUUGUUUUUCUUGUGCUUUCGAGGAACGUGCGUGACGUUUGUUCGAAGCUCGUGGAGUGUUUCCGGUUUUGGGACUCGCGCACAUCAUGUAUCCGCAUGGACGACCGCAGGCUCCGUUGGUGCCAGGCCACGCGGGCAUGAAGUUCACCGUUCUGGAGACGUUGGACCACAUCAAAGAGGAGUUCCAGCUUUUCCAGGCUCAGUACCACAGUCUGAAGUUGGAAUGUGAGAAAUUGGCCACGGAGAAGACAGAGAUGCACAGGCAUUACAUCAUGUACUACGAGAUGUCGUACGGGCUGAAUAUCGAGAUGCAGAAGCAGGCGGAGAUUGUGAAGCGGCUCAGUGCUAUAUGCACUCAGAUUAUCCCUCUCCUGUCCCAAGAGCAUCAGCACCAGGUGGCUCAAGCAGUUGAAAGAUCCAAGCAUGUGAGCAUGGCCGACCUGAAUGCUAUCAUAGGGCAACAGCAGCUCCAGCACCUGUCCCAUCAUGCUCCAGGCUUCCCCCUGACACCACACCAGUCAGGCUUGUCUCUCGGAGCAGGAGUCGGUCUCAUGGCCCUCCCCGGAGCUUUCCCAUUCCCCCCACAUCUGGUGCCUAAAGACGACGUCACUCACCUCGAUUCUGUGGAUCCCAGAGACGGCGCUCCAAACAGGAGUUUUGCAGAAUCGGCUGCAGUGAGUCAGUCUGUGGCUCAGAGGCUGCCUCUGCCUCUAGGCUGUUCAGUCGAGUCGGUGACAGACAGCAAGAGAAGCAGCGCAGAAGGAAAACCUCGCGUUCCCACACCCCGGGACAGAGACGUGGAAAAAAAUGAGGACAGUUUGAAACGGGACAGCACUAAAGAGAAGAGCGUAUCUCCAGCAGCAGGGUCUCCCAGGUCCGCUGAUGGGAACGGCGUGGACAGCCGAAAUUCGUCCAGAGACGUCCGAUCGCCUUCCUCUGGCUUCUCACAUACACACACACCCAACCAGCACAAGAGCCCUCCUCAGGAGAAAGCGCGCUCUCGUUCUCCAUCUCCUUCACAUGACGCUCCAUCUCCUGCACCUCCUCCUCCUCCUGCUUGUCCUCUGUCCUCCCCAGCAUGUGCUCCCUCUCCUCCUGUCCAGCACUAGGACCCCACUCCGCUUCAUGGAGUGAGACGGGUGGGAGAUGAAGUGGCCCUCCCUCACCCACCCACCAAACCCAGCACACACCGGCUCCGUCCCAUAGUGCAACGGGGUCGAGGUCCAGGUGCCUUGCAGGGGUUGUGCAUUUGUCCACCGGGUCUUGGAGCUGUACACAAUCUGCGUUCACUACACUGCAGGGCCAUCCCAGCAGCACAGCUUAGCACGCCAAUCAAUCAGCUGUUACAGUGAUUGACAGGUCUAUCAGCCAAUCAGGCAGCUGGAGUGCUGUGGCAAAGCUGAGCAUUAUGUAAGGAAGUGAGAACAAGUCCUGUUGACCCUUGAUGACCAUGGGAAAUUUAAAACCUAGCAAACAAAGACACAGAAAUUGACUAAUAACUCCUGGAUAAACAACAACCUUUAAGACUGGUGUGUAGCUCGACCGGAUCUUUGGCGAAGAAGGUGACCUUUAUGUUGUCUUUUAUACUCUCACUUUAUGCACUGAGAGCGUCAUUUCUGCAUUCCUCAUAGCCACAUGUGCACGAGUACACAGACGUCUACUGCUGGAGAUGACUUGAGAUGACUGGAGGACACAGGCUGUAAAGAGACUGUAAUUUUAUAUUAUUUUUUUUUAAGUCUUUUUUUGCCAUCUUCAGCACAUACCUGCUUAGUUUAUCUCUCACGCUUGCAAAUGCCACUCUAUGCUUUUACUCACUCUGUAACCAGUAUUUCAAGUAUUCACGUACCUUAGAUUCUUCAGCUGGUCACCUGGAGCCGCCUUCUACAGCAGCCGGGAACAUCAAAUUCCCCAAAUUUUCUUAUAAUUAAAAGAAAAUGACAUAAAAAUGAACUAGAAUCUGUAAUAAAGGGAGUAAUGUUCAGAAUGCUGUCCUAUCAUUAAGAGAUGUGAAGUGUAGAAUUAAAUGUAGGGACACACUGUCCCGCUGGAGACACACACACAAGCGUGCGUGCGCACACACACACACACACACAAGAAAUCCUGAUCUCUAUUGGCAGGUCAAUAUUUUAAACAAGACAACCAUCUCAAGUCAACAUUUUUUUGUAAAAGCACCUUGAAGUAUGAACUUUUUCAACCUUACCUGAGUGAAUACACAGUAAAGACAGAGCUACUGUUAUUGUAUUGCAUUUGGCUCUUUUUCCACCACGUCUUUUUUAAUUAAAGAAUAAUCUUUUUUUUUAAAUAUUAUUAGCAGCAAAGCCGUAUGAGGCAAAUAUUUUAUACCCUUUCUAGAUAAAAUUGAACAAUCCGAACAAUUAUUUUCCACUAAAUUAUUUCCCCAUUCAAUUUUUACCCUCCGUUUCUUCUCUAUAGUGUUUACUAAACACUAUCCCAAACACAUUGAAUUUUAUCCCCAGGUUAAAUCUAAUUUAUGACCCUAUAGAACACACAAAGUCCAAGACAUAUUAUAUGUCUAUUUCUUAGAAAUCAGUUGAAACUUUUCAUUCAGUUGUGGGCUUUUUGGAGGCAGAUUCGUGCCUGUGCAACGGUCUCUGUAUUUGUGAUACAGCUGAACUGAUUCAAAACAAGUUGGCGAUUGUGACUGAAUCAUGUGCAUGACUCUUUUUAUUUCUGUUAUUCAGAAAUAUUAAAUGACUUUACUUUAACAUUGUGUUUCUCUCUUGUUCUCUUUUUGACCUCCCAAUAAAUAGAGUUAACAUCUGCUUUGAA